CAACAAUCUGCAAUGCCUAUUUUAAAUAGUCAUUGCCCACCACAAUUUCCUCAUCCUGCCUCUGCACAGCCAUCUCAUCAUCACUAUUAUCCCCCUUCUCUUCCACCACAACAACCACCACCACAACCACUAUCACUACCAUCAUAUCAAAAUUCACAAUCGCAUGUUAGUGAGCUGCCUAUUCAAGGCGCAUAUUAUCAUCAAUCUAAUUUGUCGCAGUCAUCGAGAAUUGAAGCUACACCUUCCACUAUUUCUAAUAAUAAAAAACGAUCUUCUGAAGAGAUGUUUACAGGAAAUGUCACAAUGGCAAAAAAGCCAGACCCAUCUUUAUCAUCUCGUAUCAUGCCUAAUCAUAAUAAUAGUGUUAGUGUUUAUUCAGGUCCUCAUUAUGUGCCUGAAAAUUAUAGUAUCAGAGUUUGUCAAGCGUUUCGAAAAUCCUAUUUUACACCUGAAAACUGCUUUGGAAGAUGGCUCCCAUUUUGAUUCUUACAGUGAUUAUCGAGACGAUGAUCCAGUUAACUUUAGGCAUGCUUAUCGUAUCAUACCCGAAAAUGGAUCGAAAUUGAUUCACAAUCAACAUAUAUCUGCUAGAAAUUAUCCUUAUGGAAGUUUACAGCGUUAUCCAGAUCCGUAUAACCAUCAAAUACAGCAACAGCAACAGCAACAACAACAACAACAACAACAACAACAACAACAACAGCUACAGCAACAACAACAACAACAACAAAUACAGCUACAGCUGCAACAACAACAGAUACAGCAGCAGCAGCAGCAGCAUCAACAACAACAACAACAACAACAUCAACAUCAACAUCAACAACAUCAACAUCAACAGCAUCAACAACAACAGCAUCAACAACAACAGCAUCAACAGCAACAAUAUUAUUUUCAUCAAUAUCAAUUACAAAGCCAACAAAGCCCACAAGAAAUACCACCUCAGCAGCAACAGCAACAGCAACAGCAACAGCAGCAUGACAAAUUAUCACAAGUCCCAUUAUCAAAUCAAGUUGCUGUCCCAGCUCGUAAAUGGCAUAAACCUGUAAUUAGAUCCCCUGAACAAGAUAGUGUGUGUACUUCUGCGGAUGAGGCUAAUAGUAUAUACAUGAACCACAGUUCAAAUCACAAGGGAAAAGAAAAGCAGGUUAUGAUAGAAGAGAAUUCUAAUACUGAUAAGACAGCAAAGCGUAAUUCACUUUAUCCUCCACGAGUGCCCACCGUUGUUUGUUCCUCAUUGAGCGAUUCAGAUGAACCUUCUGAUCAAGAGACUGUAGAUGAUUGUGAUCGAACUGAAUCUCUUGAAACACCUAGAUCAGAAUAUCAAGUUAGUCGUGAAAAUUCUUAUACACAAACACAAAAUCCUAUUAAUGAACCAGUUGCUAACUCUACCUCUAAUUCUGUUGUUAUUGUUAAUGAUACUGUCAGUGCACAUGAUAAUGCUUAUACUCAUAAUGAAGUGAAUAGUUUUAAGACAAGUCAUAUGAAUACUAUCAACACUAAUCCGACUGAAAUAAAUAAUCAUGAUAGCCCCAUCAAUGACGAUGUUUCUGAUUAUGAUCCUGUCUGUUUUGAUACGGGCGACUAUGAUGCCAACAGUAAUAAUAAUGAGGUGGUUCAUAUGACUAAUAACUCUGUUGCUACUGAUAAUACUGAAAUUACAGGAGAUUGGAAGGAGGAAUAUAUGCUUGACACAGAUAACUCUGAUGAGGGAAAUGAACCCAAACAAAAGAAACCAAGAAUAAUUGAGCCAGAAAAAUUUCGACAUGAUGCAAAGUAUGUGGUCCCUUCUAAAACAUUUGCCCUUAACUACAUUAGAACCCUUGGUAAAUUUAUUUCCUUAUGGCGUUUUUAUCAACCUGAAAUUUGUUGCGUUUGUUAUCAAGGUGCUUCCACUAAUAAAAUGGUCUAUUGUGACAAUCCACUCUGUGAGGUUUGUGUUCAUAUCCGUUGCUUCAGGCUAAUAUCAUCACCUUACGUAACCCAGUCGAAAUGGGCAUGUGAUAAGUGUAGUUAUUUUGCACAUGUUGAAGAAAAGCGACAGAUCGUAGCCAAUUGUGCGCUUUGUCCAAAUGUCCAAGGAUUAUUCUGUCGGUUAAACACUUAUGUGCAUGAUAUCCCUUGGGUUCAUUAUACUUGUGCCAGUAUGUUGGUUAAAGAUAGGAAUAACUUUUUAUAUCAGCCAGAGUUAGGAGAAUAUGAAGUAAGAUUUGAUGUUAUUCCUAAUGAAGCUUUCGAAAAGAUUAUGUAAAGAUGAGCUUUAUGCCAAGUAUGGAGCAAAGAUAUCAUGUGCGCAAUGUUCAAAAUCAUUUCAUGUUACUUGUGCAGAACAAGCAAAUUAUUAUUUAGAUUAUAAGAAUAAAACUGCUUUAUGUUUUGAACAUGGACCUGAGAAUACGACAGCAAAAGAUGUCUGGUCAACAACCAUUUAUUAUCGAUGGGUGAAAGAACGUGACGAUUACUUGUUGACACAUCUUCAUAAAUCUCCCGAGAUGUAUGCUAUUGAUGGCUGGAAGAAAAUUAUUCGAGAAACGAAGCCUAGUUUCUCAAUGGGACGUUCUGAAAUCAACGCACAUUAUAAUGCCUUUUUUGACGUGUUGAAAGAAAGAAGAUAUGCUAUUGAAGGCACCUAUUAUAGUCGAUGGGUGGAUUAUAUA